GCGGGGUAUCAAAUUCAGUUUCUAGGAUAGUGAGCAUGCCACACGGCGCAAAGGGAGAACAGGCUGCUGCUGGGUGGCCAACCUGGCUAAGUUCAGUUGCUGCCGAGGCCAUCCAAGGGUGGCUUCCUCGAAGUGCAGAAUCAUAUGAAAAAAUAUGCAAAAUUGGGCAAGGGACAUAUAGCAGUGUUUACAAGGCCAGAGACCUGAAAAACAAUAAAAUUGUGGCAAUGAAGAAGGUAAGGUUUGUGAAUAUGGAUGCAGAAAGUGUCCGCUUCAUGGCGAGGGAAAUAUGCAUCUUGCGUAGACUGGACCACCCAAAUGUCAUGAAACUUGAGGCUGUUGUGACAUCAAGGGUAUCAGAGAGCUUAUAUCUGGUUUUCGAGUACAUGGAGCAUGACCUUGCUGGGCUUGAGUCAUUGCCAGGUGUCAACUUCACCGAACCGCAGAUUAAAUGCUAUGUGCAACAACUAUUUUCUGGAUUGGAUCACUGUCAUAGUCGUGGUGUGCUUCACCGAGACAUCAAGGGCUCAAAUCUUCUAAUCAAUGACAAUGGUGUUCUGAAGAUUGGAGACCUUGGACUGGCCACCACCUUUCAUCCUGAUAAAAAAGAGCCUUUGACAAGUCGAGUUGCAACUCUGUGGUAUAGAGCUCCUGAACUUUUGCUAGGUGCAACAGAUUAUGGAGUGGCCAUUGAUAUGUGGAGUGCAGGUUGCAUCCUUGCAGAACUAUUUGCAGGCAAACCUAUCAUGCCUGGAAGAACAGAGGUGGAGCAAAUGCAUAAAAUCUUCAAGCUUUGUGGGUCUCCAUCAGAGGAGUACUGGCGGAGAACAAAAUUUCCUCACGCCACUAGUUUUAAACCACAGCAGCCGUACAAGCGAUGUGUGAAUGACACCUUCAAGGACUUCCCACCUUCAGCAUUAGCUCUUGUUGAUACCUUACUUUCUAUAGAACCCGAGAAGCGCGGAACUGCUGCUUCUGCACUAAACAGCGAGUUUUUCACAACAAAACCCCUACCCUGUGAUCUAUCAACUUUACCCAAAUAUUCACCAAGUAAGGAACUUGACUCAAAAGUUCGAGACGAAGAAAGAAGGAGAAAAGCUGAAAGCGUGAAAGGGCGUCGAGGUGAAUCUACAAAGAAGAAUGCAAGGGACCCAAACGGACCACCUGCAGAAUUCAGUGCUCAAGGACAGGGACGAUCUAAUAGAAGUGCAAGCGUGAAGUACAACCCACUGGAGGACAGUGGGGCAGGAGGGUUCCAUAUGGAACAACCCGCAGCAGUAAAAUAUAGGAAUGGCAUCACCCAUUCUAAUUCGGUGAUCCAUCCAAAUAUGUCUGGUUAUGCCAGGGAGGGUCACAAAGUAAGGGAUGGUGACGGAGGUAAAACAGUUCAUGGGCAAACCUUCGAUUCUUCCCAUCAUGGUGAAGACCUUCUAAGAGAUGGAUCUCAAAAGAGGCGACAAGUUAAUGUGUUGUUAAGUACUUCGAGAGAUGAAAGAUUAUCUGACCAGGACCCCGCCACAGUUUAUGUUCCGAGAAGAAGUAGAAUUCUUUGCUCUGGGCCAUUGGUGCCUCCCGGAGGAAACAUGGAAGACAUGCUGAGGGAACAUGAGAGGCAAAUUCAAGACGCAGUUCGCAAAGCCAGGACCAAAAGGAACUGCUACUACGAUUAAUAACUCAACCUUAUGAUCAUCUGAAGGUGUCCAGCUUCAAUUGAGGUCACUCAGAGUCUUGAUAUCCAGAAGGGCAAGACUGGUCUGGGUUCAGGUGCCAACAUUGUUUGUAUUUGGAUUACUAUAAUGGGAGAGACUUACGAAAAUCUGUAUAGAGAGUAGGGAUGGGUAAACUAUGCCUAUAAGUUGGGGAUGUUUGCUCGUCCAUACUGUUUAUACAUGCAUAUAUACACGCUAUGUACCUAUUUAAUUUGGUCCAACGGCAGUCUGGGAAAUGGAAGUUCACUUGCAGGCCUUUGUUAC